CGCCGCCGCCGCGCCGCCGUCUCGGCCCCGCCGCCGGGCCCUGCGGCCGCUGCGCGCGGCCGGCGGCGGGAGCGCGGGCUGGAGGCGCGGCGGCGGCGGCGGCGGGGCCCGGCGGGCACAGAGACCUUUGGUCGAGGAACCUUUUAAGUAAAGCUGAAUGAAGAAGGGCUGCUCUGGGGACAGGUGGCAUCUGCAGAGGGCCGGACGCGUGCCUUGCCCUCCCUGCCGUUCUCCUGCUGCUGUGCCUGAGGCUCUGCCGCCUCCAGGACGCUGAGGAGCGCCGCUUGGGACCUGCGAGCCGCCCAGCCCCUUCCAGGCAGAAAGUCCACACACUUCCCAGCCUGAACCAGCGACCUCAGAAGAGCAGGAAGACCUGUGACGUCCCUGGGGAGCCGUGUGCUGCGCGCUUCCCUCGGGGCCCGCAGGCAGUGAGGGCCGUCUGUGCGCUCGCUGUGGUGCCGGACGCCCGUGGUCCCCUCUUAUGCACUCCAGCACCCCCAUCAGCUCCCUCUUCUCCUUCACCAGCCCAGCAGUGAAGAGACUGCUAGGCUGGAAGCAAGGAGAUGAAGAGGAAAAGUGGGCGGAGAAGGCAGUGGACUCUUUAGUGAAGAAAUUAAAGAAGAAGAAAGGGGCAAUGGAUGAGCUGGAGAGGGCCCUCAGCUGUCCGGGGCAGCCCAGCAAGUGUGUGACGAUUCCCCGGUCCCUGGACGGGCGGCUGCAGGUGUCCCACCGCAAGGGCCUGCCCCACGUUAUUUACUGCCGCGUGUGGCGCUGGCCCGACCUCCAGUCUCACCACGAGCUGAAGCCGCUGGAGUGCUGCGAGUUCCCGUUCGGCUCCAAGCAGAAGGAGGUGUGCAUUAACCCCUAUCACUACCGCCGGGUGGAGACCCCAGUGCUCCCGCCGGUGCUCGUGCCGCGACACAGCGAGUACAACCCGCAGCUCAGCCUCCUGGCCAAGUUCCGCAGCGCCUCCCUGCACGCGGAGCCGCUCAUGCCGCACAACGCCACCUACCCCGACGCCUUCCAGCAGCCGGGCCCCGCGUUCCCCCUGUCGCCGGGCCCCGCGUUCUCCCCGUCGCCGUGCGCGGCCGGCGGCCCGCACUCCCCAGGGAGCCCCUCGGAGCCCGAGAGCCCCUAUCCGCGCUCAGACUUCCGGCCGGUGUGCUACGAGGAGCCGCAGCACUGGUGCUCCGUCGCCUACUACGAGCUGAACAACCGCGUCGGGGAGACGUUCCAGGCCUCCUCCCGGAGCGUGCUCAUCGACGGCUUCACAGACCCCUCGAACAACAGGAGCAGAUUCUGCCUUGGGCUCCUCUCCAACGUCAACAGGAACUCCACGAUAGAGAACACCAGGAGACACAUAGGAAAGGGCGUGCAUUUAUACUAUGUUGGGGGAGAGGUCUACGCCGAGUGCGUCAGCGACAGCAGCAUCUUUGUGCAGAGCCGGAACUGCAACUAUCAGCACGGCUUCCACCCAGCCACCGUCUGCAAGAUCCCCAGUGGGUGCAGCCUCAAGAUCUUCAACAACCAGCUGUUUGCACAGCUUCUGGCUCAGUCAGUUCACCAUGGGUUCGAAGUGGUGUAUGAGCUGACUAAGAUGUGCACUAUCCGGAUGAGCUUCGUAAAGGGCUGGGGAGCCGAGUACCAUCGCCAGGAUGUGACGAGCACGCCCUGCUGGAUUGAGGUCCACCUUCACGGACCCCUGCAGUGGUUGGACAAAGUUCUGACUCAGAUGGGCUCUCCGCACAACCCCAUUUCGUCAGUGUCUUAACAGCCCCGUGUUCCUCGACAUUCCCACGGAGUAGAUGCGAUUGCAGGCAGUGGCUUAUAUCCUUGCAGAUGUGCAACUAACGGAAGUUUCUAAGUACAUGUGUAAAUACAUAUAAUACAUUCAAUUCAUAUUUUUAUCCCCGAUUGUUUUGUGCUCUCUAGUUAACCUGAAGUCGGUACGAUGUGUCAGGAGGGCGGGUUGUUGGCACCUAUGGUGUAUCAAGAAGCAGCGGCUUUGGUGGGAGGAAAUAGAAUGAAAGUCAACUCCUGUUCAGCGGUGCUCGGAGGGUGCUGUCAGAGUGCAGGGUGGCCUCGGGCAGCAACGUCACCAUAAGGCGUGUGUGGCCUACCAGAAAAACACUAGAACUGCUUGUAAGGAUCAGGUACUAGCUGCACUAGCACAAAUAACACUUUCAGACAAAACAAAGCAAGGAAGUCUGUGUGACUUAAAUAAUCUCACUUCUAGAGCUACUGGCAAGGAAAAAAAGUCAAGCUUAUAAAGCCAGUUGUGUAAGAUAGGUCACACACCCUUCACUUCUGAAGCUGAAACGCCUACUGCUGGACUGAUGGGCUGGUGCUCACUGUACAUUUUAGACACAUUUAUACUGUGAUUGGAAAAGAAGGAGACUGUGACGCUGACGGUCAUGUCGCUCCUCAUCUACGAUGGCACAAAGAGGAACGAAUGAGUCUGAAAUAUGGGAAAACAAAUAUGGAAAACAACAUGAAAUGAGCUAUAUUCCCAAAAGACAAAAUAAGACCGGAGAUGCCGGCUUUCCAGGUGGGGAAUCAGGCCCCUCGGCCCUGGUUCUUUGUGCCAGGCAGCCGUGGAGACCUGGGCAUGCAGAGUGAGCUGUGUGAGCACGUGUGCGAGUCCUGUGUGCGGGAGAAGCAGGUGAAAUAAGAGGGCUGUCAAAGCACACCGUGUGUACUCACCCCUCCUCACAUCCCUGCAUUCAAGUCUCCUGCCACAUUUCCCCUACACGCUGGCAGAUAGUGACUGUGUGGGGACACUAAGGCAGCGGUGAAGCCCUUGAGGACAUCUGGACACACUGCUGGGAUCAGAUUACUUCUUAUGUAGCUUAGUGUCUCUGUUGAUUGAAUUAUCUACUAGUCCAAUCUGGUAGCCUCAUACCCAGAAAAUAACUUCCCAAAUAAAUUAGUGAUUUCAUACUUCUGUAAUUUCUGAGGAACAGUGGUACUGAGUAAUAGGGACAUAUAAAAAAUUAUGCACAGUAUUGAACACCUUAUUUACCGUUCUUAUUUACUGUUGGAUAGUAAGGAGAGGAAAAUAAAUGUCUAGGUACCUUCACAUAUAUAUGUGUGUAUAUAUAUAUAUAUAAUUCCCACCCACUGAACACUGCAUUGCUUGGGAUAGCAUUUCCUAGCCUCUUAAAAAUGUAAUUUAUGAAGGUAAUUAUGCUUGGAACAGACGGUACUUCAGUAAUCCAAGAGGUUUUUCUCUGUUUAUACGUUCUAGUUCAAGUCUUUGUAGUGCACAUAGUAGUUGUGUCCAUUAAAUUGUAUUCAGAGUAGAAAUGAUCAUAUGAAAAAGGCACAUGCGUGAACUGCUGUCACCUCUUGUAAUGACUAGUGUGACCUAAUAGGGCCUUUCUUAUAUACAAUAGAAACUAUUACGUUCUACAUUAAAAUGGUGGUUGUUGAGUGUUUAGACAAUCCCACAGUUUAUUGUUCAUCACGUCUGUGUUGUGCACCUGUACGUGCCAGGGGACUGUGGCAUCUAGUGCGAGCAAGAGGCAGUCCCAGCUGGACAUGAGAGGCUAUCAAAUCUGUUUGCUUCAUGUUUCAGGACAAAACAAAAUACGUGAUCUUUCUUUCACUUGAACAAAAAUGGAACUGGUUUUUAAAUUCUCUUUUUUGAAGCUUGUUUCCCUUCUCUUCUGAGCAGUCAGGUAAUGGAUGAAGACUGCGUUGGAAAUGCAACUUCUCUGUGUCUCAAAGUUGCUCAUUUUCUCCCCUUCAUUCCCUGUUUUCCGGUAAUUUCCCAUCUCCCCUUUUCUUGGAACAGGCAUUCAUAUGGUGAGUCUUGUUCAUACAAGUACUGCUCCAUGGAGGAGCACCAAGUAUAUGUGGGUUUUGCUCCAGAGAUUACACAGCUUUCUUGAUCUCUCCACAAGCAGUCUAACACAUCCCCUGGUAAUUUAAUACCUUUACACAAUUAAUUGGAACAUUAAACGAUGUUUAAAAAGAAACAAAACCAUGGAUUUGCAUGCAGCUUUGGGAAACUAGGACGUAAGAGUCCAGGGUACCUGAAUUAUCUCUUUGAAACAUAAAUGAUUAAAGUGGUCCAUAUGCAUUUUCACCAGUCACAUCUCACCAAAAGCCUUGGUUGGGAUAGAGUGAAAUUCAGAGACUACUUCAGUCAUUGUGACGUAGUCACACUCCAAUCAGCCUUUUUAAAUUUUUGCUGGCAAGUAUUGUCAGAAGUUGUAAUGCAGUAUGGAUUUCAGACUUUUCCUAGAUGUUCAUGUAGCAUUCAUUCCCUGAGGUAGACAAUCCUAAAAUAGGCAGUAGAGUUCUUUAUAGGAUAAUGAGCAACGUGGACGUGCUAAGCCCUUAAAUGCAUCAGCAAUGCCAAACGUGUCUCAGGUUGCCAUGGAAAAGGAGUGCAAUAGAGAAUAAAAACAUUUUGGCCUGCUCACCAGACCCAGACUUUUAUUGUGUUGUUCAAGCCUGGUUUUUUCAUCCUGUUAAAAAAUUGAGAUGUGGAAAGUCUUAGAUGGUAUUUUAUUAUCUGCCCCAGUGAUUUGGAAUAUAGAGAUGUCACUUUCUCAACACAUUUCCUUUGUGUGCUUUUUUUGUUUUUUUACACUCAAUAUAAAUCAGGAAAAGUUGGGCAGCAGCCUAACAUUUAGAAAUCUCCCUUCUCAUUGUCCUCUGAGAAACUGAAUACCCCCAAAAUGACAACAAAAGCAUUUUAUAAAUAUCACCUGCUAGACUUUAAGUGCCUCUUCACCUUGAAUGUGCCCUGAUUAUUUGGUAUAUAUAUUCAACAAAUAAAGCAUUGCAAAUUUUGUCUAGCCCUGUCUAGCAGCUCAACUGUGUGACAAGAUUAGGUGAUCCUGGCAUAUGUAAAUCCAAAUUAAUGUAAAAUGAACCAACAAAAAAAGAAACAAUUUCUGUUUAAGUAGUGCUUCUGAUGAUUAUCCUUCAAAUGCACACUUCUGUUAUGUGUUUGUUUAUAAUAAAGAAUACUGUAUCUGUCA